AUGGAUCAUCUGAUUCGCGGCCGCCACAUGUCCUCCAAACGCGUAUACAGCUACGCCGCUGACGAAGACGAUGCGUUACGCUCUGCCUGCACCGUGGAGCCGGGUAUGCUCUACGGCGUUCCGAAGCGCCGCCAGGUGGCGAGUCAGAUUUCGGCGGACUUCCGUCACGUUGAGCCCGUGAGCGAGCCCGCUGACAUAGCGGCUGGCUACGCGUCGCACGUGGUGACUGGCAGCAUUGGCGAUUUCCCGGACCUGCUGAACCACAGGCACCGCUGUGCCGGCCACGUCCAGCGCACCGUGAGCACCCCCUGCAGCGACCCGUACGCCGAGUACAACCAGUUCGCUCGUUCGCUGUUCCGACGCGUUUACUACGACCUGAGUCGGGGCAUCGACGUCGUCGACAGCGGCAUCGGGUACCUGUUCAAGAGCAGCAUCAACGACAUCAGCACAUCGACCUACGGCAUGUACGGCGAAAUCAGGCCUGCGUGCCUGAUGAAGAUCUGUGACGAGAUGAGGCGUUUCGGGUUAGAUGAGCGUAGCGUGGUGGUCGACCUGGGUAGCGGCCGGGGCGCUCCGAACUUUUUGUUUGCGCACCACGUGCGCGUGUUCGCGUCGAUCGGGAUUGAGUUGUGCCCCGUGAGCUACGCGCUGUCAGUCCACAACCUCCUGCACUACCUGAAGGUGGAUGUUGCCCGCAGCAUAAGAGAGAACACCUGUUUCGGCGGCGUCGGCGUUGGCGGCGAUGGCGUGUCUCCCAUCGCUGCGGCCUUGGCGGCGAAACUCUCCACUGCCGACUCGGACAACGCGAUGCAGACCCCUCGCCGCAAGCGCCAUACCAAAGACUACAACGAAGACGACACGUCGAGUUGCGAACGCACCGCCUCGGGCGUGAACGACAGCGUGGUGACGCAGUAUGAGGGCGGUUCGACGUACGCCGACUCCACGUCGGCGACCCCGACCAAGGAGAUGAUAAGCUCCAACGACGACGGCGAAGCGUUCUACCGCGCGAUGCACCGGGUCUCUGUCACGCCGUCGAGCCUCGGUGUGGGCUUUUGCAAUGAGGACAUUUCCGCCUUCGACCAUUUCGAGGGCGCCUCCCACCUCUACUCGUUCGACAUCGCAAUGGAGAAGGCGCUGGUAAACAACAUUGUGCGCCAGUUUGCCAACACGCGCAGCGCCUGGUUGUACGCGUCGUUCAACGGCGACCUCAUCGAGCGCUUCGAGCUGCGCGACUGCUUUUUGGCCUCACGCAUCCCGUGCCAGAUGUACAAGAGCGGCGAGCGGCGCUUCUGCUACAUCUACGUCAAGAACAACUGGGAGCGCCUCAAGAUGGAGCACGACGCAGCCAUUAGCGAGAUGUUCGGCCUCCCGCUUCCGAUGAACUGCGCGCCAAUGCAGCCCAAGGUCGCCAGCAGCGGCCGCACUCUGCGGCCCAGGCGCUCGCAGACGCCUGCGCAUGGCGGUGAUGCGGCAGCGCCUGCAGCGCCCGCGCCCCCCUUGAAGAGCGUCAAGUCGGUGUUGCUGUCGCAGUUUGACGAGCCCGUGGGCGUGAUCGAGUCCGUCAAGCUGGCGAAGAUGCCGCUGGAGGCGCAGAUCGGCUGGUAUUCGAAAAAGAUUGCGCGACCGCAGGAGGUCAUGACCCGUUCCAAGGUCGUGAACAGCAUCGAAAGAGUGCGCAUGGGGUUCGUUUCCCACCGCAGCAAGCUGCUGGAGCUGAUAGCCACCUCGCCGGACCCGCGCGAGGCCGCCAAGUACGUGGGCCUGCUGAGGCGGCACAUACAGCAGAAGUACAUGCCGAUGCGCAGCUUCGCGCCGCCCUCGGCCUAG